UCUAGGAGGGCGGUCGCGUUACGCUCGAAACUUUCUUAGACAGACUGAGUCCUUUCGAGUAGUAUAUAUAUACAAAUAUAUAUGGUUCGGUUCGCGCAACGGCAGACGUAUAAAAAAUGACGGAACGUCGUGUGAUUUGACAGUGAAGAAACAUUUAAUGGGAAAAGUGCCUCGGUAUCCUGUGAUAUCCGGAUUCUGGCCAGCGGACCGACAUUGGUAAUCAGUGAACGGAAGGAAGGCUCGAAGCACGGAACGCGAAAGGGUGAGACAAGGGUGAACCGGCGGAGGGUGAGACAGAAGUGAUGACGGGCGAGGAAGGAAAGUGCGGGGGUGGAACUGGCACUGGCGGGGGUGCCGGUGUAGGAAACACGAACCUUACCGACAACGCGAACAAUCUUAACGCCAAUGUGCACGCGAAUGUUAAUGCCAACAUAAAUGUCAGCCAACAGAAUGGAGGACCGGAAAAAGCGCCUGUCGUCGGCGGUACCAACGUGGAAACGUUACCUCGCGCUGGCAAGCAGAGCGAUCCGAGUACGGCAUUUCUUCGAGCAGCUCGUGCUGGCCAGCUAGAAAAACUUUUGGAAUAUUUGGAAUCGGGGGUGGACAUUAAUGCUUCAAACGCUAAUGGCUUAAAUGCUUUACACCUGGCAGCUAAAGAUGGACAUUUGGAAAUCGUCAGAGAACUUCUCAACCGUGACGCAGUGGUCGAUGCCGCUACCAAAAAGGGAAAUACGGCAUUACAUAUCGCUUCUCUUGCUGGACAAGAGGAGGUGGUACAAUUGCUCGUACAACGAGGUGCUUCUGUGAAUGCACAGUCACAAAAUGGGUUCACGCCACUUUAUAUGGCUGCUCAGGAAAACCAUGAUUCCGUAGUGAAGUUCCUCCUGAGUAAAGGUGCCAAUCAAACAUUGGCUACUGAGGAUGGCUUCACCCCAUUAGCAGUAGCAAUGCAACAGGGCCACGAUAAGGUAGUAGCAGUUCUGUUGGAAAACGACACUCGUGGUAAAGUUCGACUGCCUGCCCUCCACAUUGCUGCCAAGAAAGACGAUUGCAAGGCGGCUGCCCUACUUUUACAAAACGAUCACAAUCCCGACGUAACAUCGAAGAGCGGCUUCACACCGCUCCACAUAGCUGCGCACUAUGGUAACGACCGAAUUGCUUCCUUGCUUUAUGACAGAGGAGCUGACGUGAACUUUGCGGCAAAGCACAAUAUCACACCGAUGCACGUAGCAGCGAAAUGGGGAAAAAUUAAGAUGGUGAAUCUAUUGAUGAGCAAGGGAGCAAACAUCGAAGCGAAAACGAGAGACGGCCUUACACCUCUGCAUUGCGCUGCACGAUCUGGUCAUCAUGAAGUUGUUGACAUUUUAAUUGAAAGAGGAGCACCAAUUGGUUCCAAGACGAAGAACGGUCUUGCACCGUUGCACAUGGCUUCUCAAGGAGAUCACGUUGACGCUGCGAGGAUAUUAUUGUAUCAUCGUGCACCGGUAGACGAAGUGACGGUAGAUUACUUGACGGCGCUACACGUGGCAGCUCAUUGCGGACACGUACGAGUGGCUAAGCUUCUACUCGAUAGAAAUGCCGAUCCAAACGCACGAGCUCUAAACGGCUUUACUCCACUUCAUAUUGCAUGCAAGAAGAACAGGCUGAAGGUCGUUGAGCUACUCUUAAAGCACAAAGCUAGCAUCGAAGCGACUACAGAGUCUGGAUUGACGCCUCUACAUGUAGCAAGCUUCAUGGGGUGCAUGAACAUAGUAAUUUAUUUACUGCAACAUGCAGCUAGUCCCGAUAUACCGACAGUAAGGGGCGAAACGCCUUUGCAUUUAGCUGCCAGAGCGAAUCAGACUGAUAUUAUCAGGAUACUUCUUAGAAAUGGUGCCCAAGUUGAUGCCAGAGCAAGGGAAGAACAAACACCAUUUCAUGUUGCUUCCCGGCUGGGCAACGUUGAUAUUGUAAUGUUAUUACUUCAACAUGGUGCCGAUGUAGAUGCUACGACAAAAGAUUUAUAUACACCACUUCAUAUUGCUGCUAAAGAGGGUCAAGAAGAGGUUGCAUCCGUUUUGUUAGAAAACGGCGCAUCGCUUACCGCAACGACCAAAAAAGGAUUCACUCCUUUACAUCUGGCAGCUAAAUAUGGUAACAUGAACGUAGCAAGAUUGUUAUUGCUGAAGGAUGCACCAGUUGAUGCUCAAGGAAAGAAUGGAGUAACUCCACUUCAUGUAGCAUCUCACUACGACCAUCAGAAUGUAGCUUUACUUCUACUUGAUAAGGGUGCGUCACCUCAUGCUAUGGCUAAGAAUGGUCAUACACCGUUGCAUAUUGCUGCACGGAAGAAUCAGAUGGAUAUUGCAACUACUUUGUUAGAAUACGGGGCAAAAGCUAAUGCGGAAUCAAAAGCAGGAUUUACGCCGCUACAUUUGAGUGCACAAGAAGGCCACACCGAUAUGUCAACGCUUCUUAUUGAGCACAAAGCAGAUACAAAUCAUAAAGCAAAAAAUGGUCUCACGCCGCUUCACUUGUGCGCACAAGAAGAUAAAGUUAACGUUGCCUCUAUUCUCGUUAAAAAUGGUGCUCAGAUUGAUGCUAAAACAAAGGCCGGUUAUACUCCAUUGCAUGUGGCAGCUCAUUUUGGUCAAGCAGCUAUGGUACGAUUCCUUUUACGAUCUGGUGCAGCUGUUGAUAACAGCACGAAUGCUGGAUAUACUCCACUGCAUCAAGCUGCACAACAGGGUCAUACAUUGGUGAUCAAUUUGUUAUUGGAGGGGAAAGCAAAACCGAACACUACUACGAAUAAUGGCCAAACUGCUUUGGAUAUUGCACAAAAACUUGGUUAUAUUAGCGUCAUCGAAACAUUGAAAGUAGUUACAGAAACCAUCAUUACAACGACUCAUACCGUUACUAUAGAAGAAAAAUACAGAGUACAGGCCCCUGAAUCAAUGCAAGAGACGUUUAUGAGUGACAGCGAAGACGAAGGUGGUGGUGAUGAAAUCGGCAUGGCAGCCAUGAAUGUGUACGGGCAGCCUCCACACGCGCAACACGUGUACCUUCCUUCUUACUACCAGGGCCAAAUGACCUAUACCCGUGAAGAUCCGAUGCUUAGCGACCAACAGCAAUAUCGAUACAUGACUGUUGACGACAUGAAAUCCAUGGGGGAUGAUUCGAUGCGGGUCAAUGUGACAGACGACGAGAGAGACAAUCGACAUUCCGGAGCACCAACAAUAACCGAGAUGAUCACCAAAGAAAAUUAUCAACGUGCAAACGCUGCCAAUCUGAAACCAGAUAAUGUUGAUAUUAAUAGGCACCCAGUUCACGUCGGGAGAAUUCCACAGUGGAGAAACUUCCUGGUUUCCUUUCUGGUGGAUGCACGAGGUGGUGCAAUGCGUGGCUGCAGGCACAGCGGUGUGCGUGUGAUCGUUCCUCCUAGGAAAGCCGCGAUGCCUAUGCGCGUCACUUGCAGAUAUUUGAGGAGGGAUAAGUUGACAAAUCCACCGCCUGUCAUCAUAGAAGUACCCCAUUUUGCGUCGUUGCGAGGAAAGGAACGAGAAAUAGUAAUACUUCGAUCGGAUAAUGGAGAAACUUGGCGCGAGCAUACCUUGGAAGCCAGCGAGGAGGCUGUCCAAGAUGUUCUUAACGAGAGCUUUGAAGGAGAAGAAUUAAGCCAGCUUGAGGAUCUCCAGACUUCCCGCAUCGUAAGGAUACUCACUGCAGACUUCCCACACUACUUUGCGGUAGUGUCUCGCAUUAGGCAAGAGGUCCAUGCAGUUGGUCCAGAAGGUGGCACAGUUUCAUCAUCAGCUGUUCCACAAGUUCAGGCCGUCUUUCCACCAGCAGCCUUGACUAAAAAGAUCAGAGUUGGCCUUCAGGCACAUCCGAUACCGGCAGACCUAGUAGCUAAGUUACUUGGUAAUAGAGUGGCGGUAUCACCGAUCGUAACUGUUGAACCAAGACGAAGAAAAUUCCACAAACCGAUAACUUUAACCAUACCCGUGCCACAAGCAGCCAACAAAGGCAUGAUCAAUCAAUAUUCGGGAGAUGCGCCGACGUUGAGACUUCUGUGCAGCAUAACUGGGGGUCAGUCUCGGGCAGUCUGGGAGGAUGUCACAGGUUCGACGCCGCUGACGUUCGUGAAAGAUUGCGUUUCCUUCACUACAACUGUAUCUGCUCGCUUCUGGCUAAUGGAUUGUCGAAAUAUCUCCGAAGCCACGAAAAUGGCUACGGAGCUAUACACACACGCGACACAUGUACCUUUUAUGGCCAAAUUUGUAGUAUUUGCAAAGCGAGUAGAUCCAUUGGAAGCAAGACUACGCGUGUUCUGUAUGACCGACGAUAAAGAAGAUAAGACAUUAGAGAAUCAAGAGCACUUCACGGAAGUUGCUAAGAGCCGAGACGUCGAGGUGUUGGAAGGUAAAACACAGUACAUGGAAUUUUCGGGUAACCUUGUGCCAGUAUUGAAGAGCGGCGAACAGCUUCAGCUACCGUUCAGAGCUUUCAAGGAGAACAGAGUUCCGUUCACGGCGAGAAUAAAGGAUCCAGACGCGGCGGAUAUGAUGGGACGCAUAAUGUUCAUGAGCGAGCCAAAGGUUCCUAAGGGUGAAUUGCCACAGACGCCUAUAUGCACGUUGAAUAUUUUAUUGCCAGAGAAGAUCUCUUCGGAACCUGCUGCCUCGGAGGUGGAUUUGCUAGAGCUCUCGAAGAAUUAUAGUUUCCUACGCGACGGCGGCAUAAGUCGUCCGGACGCUAUUCACAGAGCAACUAUACGGUUGACUGAUAUCGCAAAUCUGCUAGACAAAGACUGGGAAAAACUGGCGGAAGAAUUGAAUAUACCACCGAACGAGGUAUCGACGAUCAAACAAGAAUACGUUAACAAACCAGCCCAGCAAGCCGCGGCUAUGCUUAAAGUAUGGCAGAGCAACGGAAACAAAGCAACAGGAAAUACAUUAGAAAAAGCGUUGAAUAAGAUUGGCCGCGAGGACAUAGUGAAAAAAUGCAUAUUCAACGUUGAACUGGUCACUGAUGACGUAGAAAAGGCCGUCGCACGAGUACGAUUAGAUCAACCUGGUUUUGAUUCUUUGAAAGAAGAAUUGGGUCCUUCAAGGGAUACUUCACUUCGACGUGAUGCUACAAUGGAUCCAAAGAUGGAUCCUGAUUACGAUGAUUUGAACAAAAGCAAGGAAUCUGGAUCUAUAGAAGACCUCGAUAUCAGUAGCAAUAAACGAGAUACAUCGAAACAGCAUGUCACAAUCACAAACGGCACUGUAUUCAACGGAACCUCGACCCCCAUCAAAGAUAAAUACGCAAGCGACGAGAAAGAACUAGGGGAUGUUAUGGCCGAAUUUCUCGAGCAAAAAUGUCACGUUGCCGACACGAUGAUCAAAAAGUCACGUGACGAACUUGACGACGAAGAUAAAAAACGACAGAGAGUGAUCGCAGACGCCAACAGAAUCGUUUCCGGUGUAAUAGCAGACGCAGAGAAAGAGAAGGGGAAGUUAGCAAAGGAAGGGUGGUCGGUGGUUUAUGAUGAUGAUGCGCGGGACAGUAAAGAGGCAAGAGGUGCUGUAGUUCAAAGUUUUGUUAGGGAACAGUUCAGUGACAAUGAGCCGAGAGAUAAGGGCGUUAAAAUCGAGGAGGCUGUUAGCGACGGUCGAGUACCUGUCGUUGAACCACCGAUAAUUAAACAGCGUUACGUUCGCGACGGGAAGGGCGAUUCUAGCAUAACUACGAUCGUUUCGUCGAAAAUUAUACUUUCGGUAACCGACGACAAGGCGGCAGGCCAACCUGUGAGUACUACGCAAACUGUCACGGUAAAAAAGAUAGAGGAAGUAACGCCUAAAGACACAGUUUCCAACGGCAAGCGAAGCGUUGUCAGCAAGAAGGAGAUGUUGUCCAAGGAAGGUAAGGAGAUCGACGAGAAAUUAACAAUUCCCCUUGUAACACCUAAGAAAGAAGGCACGAGAGAUGCAGCAGAAAAGGAUAAAGAAGUUCUACGAGACGAACAGAGGCAACAAUCGCCUAAAGAUGCUGUUGUUAAAACGAACAUUCCAAAAGACACGAAACCCACGACCGAUAAGCAGACGUCUGCCUACGAGAGCGUUUACAGCGUACAGUAUCCGUCUGUGCAACCAGACGACAAGCAAGAUGACGAGUCGAAGAAAUUGAAGGACAAGAGCGGCGGUAUACUUUCGGGUAUCUUCAAAGGAACCAAGCUUAAGAAGAGCAAAUCCAAGGGAUCGAAAGAUACGUCCUUCGACAGCGGCGACGAAGAAACAAAAGUAGCCACGGAACAACCGGCACAAACGCAACCACCGAUUCACGUUGUGCAUGAAUCUCAUUUAGAUCUGAAACCUGCUGAAGUCAGCGCACCUUACGACGCAAAAUUAGCUACGAUGCAAUUCUUGGACGAUUCCAGGCGCAUUGCCUCGGACGCACAUGGUGUAGCUGACAGUGCAGCAACCUCGAUUCGAGUCCAGCCGAAAGACGACGUAAAAACAGCAGGUAAAGAACCGGACGAUCGUACUGGAACCACGGCUAGCGAUGGAAGUGAUCAGGAGAAGGAGAAAGGUGGAGGUUUCUUCGGUAUGUUCAAGAGUCCGAAGUCGAAGGACAAGAAAUUGAAGAAAUCUAAAGAAGCAUCGUUCGACAGCGGCGACGAAGAGCUUCGAACUGCCACUGGAAAAUUCUUAGACGAUACACGGAAAGUUGCUGAAAGUACAAUUGUACCAACAGCGCCUAAGAUCGAGGGCAAACAAGAGUUGCAUACUUUUACCUCGCAGGUUCAUUACGCGGAGGAUACGCCUAAGGAUAAGUUGAACGGACAUUCGUACGAUAUUUUGGAUAUGCAGAGGAAGUUAGAGACGGAUAGAAGCACUCCACACAAGGAGAUGAAUGGAAAAUCAGACGCGAAGAAGCAGAAGGAACGAAGUGUCGAAAGGUACGGUGACUCGAAGGCAGAUUCGCAGGAUAAGUCGACGGAGGAUGAAAGAGAGACAGGUGACGAGGGUAAAGACAAGAGCGGAGGAUUCUUCAGUAUGUUCAAGAGUCCGAAACUGAAGUCUAAGAAGAGAAGCGCGUCUAGAGAGAAAAGUUCCUCGAAGGAAGCAUCCUUUGACAGUGGAGACGAAGAGGCGCGACAUUUAACGGCAAACUUCUUGGAAGAUACGAAGAAAGUUGCAGAGAGCAUGCACCACGAAGAUCCAAAACGAACUGUAGAAAAAACUACCACCGAUACGGUUCCCGAUGUCUCGCAAUCAGAGUCUGCAGAUAAAGACAAGGGUAUUGGAAUCUUCGGUAAAUUUAUAGGCCCGAAAUUGUCCAGGGACUCGCGAAGCAGAUCUCGAGAGAAGAGCACUCCGCCGCAAGAACCAGCGAUAGUUCCGGAUAGUUCGUUACGCGAGGCCACUGAGAAAUUCCUGGAGGAUACGAAGAAACUCGCAAACGUAACGUUAGAUACAACAGAUGUUGUGAAAGAUUCGAAGGAAGCAAAAGACAAAGCUGCAGCAGAUAUCAAGGAAGACGCCGAUGCUGCGAAGAAGAAAAUAUCUGCUGGAAUAGACGCAGUGACGGAUGGAGCAGAGUCAGCGAAGGAUAAAGCUGCGAAAGAGGCUAAGAAAGCUAAGGAAAAGUCUGGCGGUUUCCUGUCAGGCUUGUUCAAAGGCACUAAGCACGCGGCAGACGAAGCUUUCGAAGAAGCCAAAGACGUACUCGAUGACACAAAGAAAGGAAUCACCGAAGAGAAAGAUCGUGCACGAGAAGCUGUGGCAGGAAAACUGCAAGACCUUGACACUGACAAGGAUAAAGCAGUUUCUGAAGCAAAGGAUGCAAAGGACAAAGUGGCGACAGCUGUAAAGGACACGAAGGAUAAGAUCGGCGAAAAGGUGUCUGAAACUGCACAGAAAGCUGCAGAUACUGGCAAAGUUGUCGGUGAGAAGGUAGUGGAUGGAGUGAAACGAGCUGAAGAAAAAGCAGAUGCUGCUGCUAAGGAUGUAGCCGAUGGUGCAAAAGCAGCGAAGGAUAAAGCUGCUUCAGGUAUAAAGAUCGCUACUGGUAAAGUUGUGACUGUUGCGAAAGAUACUAAGGAUAAAGUCGGCGGGAAAGUGGCCGAAGGUGCGCAGAAGGUAACCGAUACUGGUAAGGCAGUCGGUGAAAGUGUAGGCAAAGGAGCGAAGACCGUUGAAGCCAAGGCUGAGGAGACUGCGCGAGAAAUAGCUGAUGGUGCCAAAGCAACGAAAGAUAAAGUGGCUAAGGAGAUAAAGGAAGACAGUGAAAUAGCAAAGCAAAAGAUAUCAUCUGGUGUAGAGACAGUUGUAGAUGGUACAGCAGCAGCAAAAGAUAAAGCUGCGAAGGAAGCUAAGAAGGCCAAGGAAAAGACCGGCGGUUUCCUUUCAGGACUUUUCAAGAGUGCGAAACACGCAGCUGAUGAAGUUUCCGACGAGAUGAAAGAUUUUGUUGACGAUACAAAAAAAGAGGCUGCAGAAGAGGAAGCUCGCGCUCGUGAAGCAGCAGCAGGAAAGCUGAAGGACCUUGAUGCAGCGAAGGACAAGGCAGCUAUGGAAGCGAAGGAUGCAAAGGAUAAAAUGGCAACUGCUAUGAAGGAUGCUAAGGAUACAGUUGGUCAGAAAGUAUCUGAAGCUACCCACCAAUUGACAGAUUCUGAAAAAGUAUUUGGUGUGAAAGGUACUAAGAAUAUAGAUGAAAGUGCGAAAGUAGCAAUGGACAAAGCAAAAGUUGUUAAAGAUGCAGCUGUAGCAGCUGCAAAGGACACCAAGGAUAAGGUCGGUGAGAAAGUGACUGAGGGUAUGCAAAAAGCGAAAGAUACUGGAAAAGCAGUUGGUGACAAAGUGGUGGAUGGAGCGAAAAAUGUUGAAGUAAAAGCUGAAGCAGCUACACGUGGAAUCUCCGAUGGCGCCAAAGCUGCGAAAGAUAAGGUAGCUAAGGAAGUUAAAGAAGAUGCUGAAGCGGCAAAGCACAGGGUAGCAAGUGGAAUAGACACAGUGGUAGAUGGUGUAGCAGCAGCGAAGGAUAAGGCUACAAAGGAAGCUAAAAAGGCAAAGGAAAAGACAGGUGGUUUCCUCUCAGGAUUGUUCAAGGGUGCGAAACAUAGCGCAGAUGAGGUUUCAGAAGAUGUCAAAGAAUUCCUUGACGAGACAAAGAAAGAAGCGGCAGAAGAGGAAGCCCGGGCGCGAGAAGCAGCAGAAAGAAAAGCUAAAGACAUCGCUGCAGCUAAAGAUAAAGCAGCUGCUGAUGUGAAGGAUGCAAAGGAAAAGGUUACAGGCGCUGCGAAAGACGCCAAGGAUUUGGUUAGCGAGAAAGUAUCUUCAGGUGUACAGAAAGUGUCUGAUACUGGCAAAACUGUUAGCGACAAAGUGGUAGACGGAGUAAAACAAGCUGAGCAAAAGGUAGACUCCACUGCUCGAGGUGUUGCUGAGGGAUUAAAAGCAGCGAAAGAUAAGACAGUUGCUGGCGUGACAGAUGCUAAGGAUAAAGUUGCAGCUGCAGCGAAGGAUACGAAGGAUACAGUUGGUCAGAAGGUAACUGAAGCUGCCCACCAAUUGUCAGAUUCUGAAAAAGUAUUUGGUGUGAAAGGUACUAAGAAUAUAGAUGAAAGUGCGAAAGUAGCAAUGGACAAAGCAAAAGUUGUUAAAGAUGCAGCUGUAGCAGCUGCAAAGGACACCAAGGAUAAGGUCGGUGAGAAAGUGACUGAGGGUAUGCAAAAAGCGAAAGAUACUGGAAAAGCAGUUGGUGACAAAGUGGUGGAUGGAGCGAAAAAUGUUGAAGUAAAAGCUGAAUCAGCUGCACGUGGAAUCUCCGAUGGUGCCAAAGCUGCGAAAGAUAAGGUAGCUAAGGAAGUUAAAGAAGAUGCUGAAGCAGCAAAGCACAAGGUAGCAAGUGGAAUAGACACAGUGGUAGAUGGUGCAGCAGCAGCGAAGGACAAGGCUGCAAAGGAAGCUAAAAAGGCAAAGGAAAAGACAGGUGGUUUCCUCUCAGGUUUGUUCAAGGGUGCGAAACAUAGCGCAGAUGAGGUUUCAGAAGAUGUCAAAGAAUUUCUUGACGAGACAAAGAAAGAAGCGGCUGAAGAGGAGGCCCGUGCGCGAGAAGCAGCAAAAAGGAAAGCUAAAGACAUCGCUGCAGCUAAAGAUAAAGCAGCUGCUGAUGUGAAGGAUGCAAAGGAAAAGGUUACAGGCGCUGCGAAAGACGCCAAGGAUUUGGUUAGCGAGAAAGUAUCUUCAGGUGUACAGAAAGUGUCUGAUACUGGCAAAACUGUCGGCGACAAAGUGGUAGACGGAGUAAAACAAGUUGAGCAAAAGGUAGACUCCACUGCUCGAGGUGUUGCUGAGGGAUUAAAAACAGCGAAAGAUAAGACAGUUGCUGGCGUGACAGAUGCUAAGGAUAAAGUUGCAGCUGCAGCGAAGGAUACGAAGGAUACAGUUGGUCAGAAGGUAACUGAAGCUGCCCACCAAUUGUCAGAUUCUGAAAAAGUAUUUGGUGUGAAAGGUACUAAGAAUAUAGAUGAAAGUGCGAAAGUAGCAAUGGACAAAGCAAAAGUUGUUAAAGAUGCAGCUGUAGCAGCUGCAAAGGACACCAAGGAUAAGGUCGGUGAGAAAGUGACUGAGGGUAUGCAAAAAGCGAAAGAUACUGGAAAAGCAGUUGGUGACAAAGUGGUGGAUGGAGCGAAAAAUGUUGAAGUAAAAGCUGAAGCAGCUACACGUGGAAUCUCCGAUGGCGCCAAAGCUGCGAAAGAUAAGGUAGCUAAGGAAGUUAAAGAAGAUGCUGAAGCGGCAAAGCACAGGGUAGCAAGUGGAAUAGACCAAGUGGUAGAUGGUGCAGCAGCAGCGAAGGACAAGGCUGCAAAGGAAGCUAAAAAGGCAAAGGAAAAGACAGGUGGUUUCCUCUCAGGAUUGUUCAAGGGUGCGAAACAUAGCGCAGGUGAGGUUUCAGAAGAUGUCAAAGAAUUCCUUGACGAGACAAAGAAAGAAGCGGCUGAAGAGGAAGCCCGUGCGCGAGAAGCAGCAGAAAGAAAAGCUAAAGACAUCGCUGCAGCUAAAGAUAAAGCAGCUGCUGAUGUGAAGGAUGCAAAGGAAAAGGUUACAGGCGCUGCGAAAGAUGCCAAGGAUUUGAUUAGCGAGAAAGUAUCUUCAGGUGUACAGAAAGUGUCUGAUACUGGAAAAACUGUCGGCGACAAAGUGGUAGGCGGAGUAAAACAAGCUGAGCAAAAGGUAGACUCCACUGCUCGAGGUGUUGCUGAGGGAUUAAUAGCAGCGAAAGAUAAGGCAGUUGCUGGCGUGACAGAUGCUAAGGAUAAAGUUGCAGCUGCAGCGAAGGAUACGAAGGAUAAAGUCAGUGAAAAAGUGGUCGAAGGUGCGCACAAGGUGUCAGACACUGGCAAAGCAGUUGGGGAGAAAGCUGCAGACGGUGUUGAGAAAGCUAAACACAAAGUGGAUGUAGCUGCUCAUGAUUUAGUCGAAGGUACAAAGGCAGCAAAAGACAAAGUAGCCAAGGAAAUUCAGGAGGAUGCUGCAGAUGUGAAACAGCAGGUUUCAUCGGGAAUAGGAGCAGUUGUGGAUGGUGCGGCUGCGGCUAAAGAUAAAGCUGCAAAGGAAGCUAAGAAAGCUAAAGAAAAAACUGGUGGUUUUCUAUCAGGACUAUUCAAAGGCUCCAAACAUUCUAUAAAUGAAGUUACAUUUGAUAUGAACGACUUCCUCGACGAUGCGAAACGAGUAGCCUCCGAGGACAAAGCUUAUGUACACCAAACAAUGGAGGACAAGCUGUUUGAUGUUGACUUAAUGGCGGAUAAAGCAGUUGCAGACGUAAAGGAUGCAAAGGACAAGGUUGCAACAGCUGCAAAAGAUACUAAGGACAAGGUCAGCGAAGUUGUAUCUGAUGGUGUGCAAAAGGUACAGGAUGCGGGCAAAGCUGUUGGUGAGAAAGUUGUUGACGGUGUCAAGGUAGUAGAAGCAAAAACUGAAGCAGUAGCCCGAGACGUUGCUGAGGGUGCUAAAGCAGCAACGGAUAAAGCUUUUGCAGAUGUAAAGGACGCCAAGGAUAAAGCUGCAUCUGCUGCAAAAGACACCAAAGACAAGGUUAGCGAGAAAAUAUCCGAGGGUGUACAGAAGGUAUCCGACGCUGAUAAAGCUGUUGGAGAAAAGGCUGCAGCUUCUGCGAAAGAUGCUAAAGACAAGAUCAGCGAAGUGGUAGUUGGAGGUGCGCAUAAGGUGGCAGACACUGGCAAAGCGAUUGGAGAAAAAGCUGCAGAUGGUAUGGAGAAAGCUAAACACAAAGUAGAAGUAGCUGCUCAUGAUAUAACUGAUAGUACAAAGGCAGCAAAGGAUAAAGUAGCCAAGGAGAUUCAGGACGAUGCUGCAGCUGUAAAGCAGAAGGUAUCAUCUGGAGUAGAUUCCAUUGUAGAUGGUGCAGCAUUAGCCAAGGACAAAGCUGCGAAGGGAGCUAAGAAGGUUGAAGAAAAAACUGGUGGCUUCCUUUCUGGAUUUUUCAAAGGAACAAAACACGCAGCAGAUGAAGUUUCAGACGAUGUUAAGGACUUCCUCGAUGAAGCGAGGAGAGAAGCCUCUGAGGAUAAAGCUUUAGCAUAUGAAGCAAUGGAGACCAAGUUGUUCGACGUUGACUCGAUGAGGGAUAAAGCAGUUGCAGACGUAAAGGGUGCAAAGGACAAAGUUGCAACAGCUGUGAAAGACACUAAAGAUACAAUCAGCGCCAAAGUAUCUGAUGUUGCACAAAAAGCAUCAGAUGCUAGCAAAGCUGUUGGUGAAAAGGUAGCAGACGGUGUGAAACAGACUGGAGAAAAAGUGGAAACCACUGCACACGAAAUUGCCGAUGGUGCGAAAGCCGCAAAGGAUAAAGUAGUUACUGACUUGAAAGAUGCCAAGGAUAAAACUGCAGCAGCCGUUAAGGACACAGAAGCCAAGAUCGGUGAAAAAGUGACCGAGGGUGCUCAGGAAAUAUCAGACACAAGUAAAAUGGUUGGUGAAAAGAUAGUGAGUGGUGCAAAGAAAGUAGGCGACAAAGCAGAAGCAUCCGCCCACGAGGCAGCUGAGAAAGCAAAAACAGCUAAGGACAAGGUUGAGAAAGAAGUUACAGAAGAUGUUGCUGCCGUGAAACAUAAGAUUUCAUCGGGUGUGGAUGCUGUUGCCGAUGGCACAGAAGCAGCAAAAGAAAAGGUCGCGAAGGAAGCUAAGAAAGCAAAGGAAAAGAGUGGAGGUUUCCUCUCUGGUUUAUUCAAAGGUGCAAAACAUGCAGCAGAAGAGGUUACGGAAGAUGUUAAAGAAUUCUUCGACGAUACAAAGAAGGAAGCAGCAGAGGAAGAAGCUCGUGCUCGCGAAGCAGCUGAGAAAGCAUCGAAAGAUAUUGACGCAGCAAAAGACAAAGCAGCCGCUGAGGUGAAAGGCGCAAAGGAUAAAGUGGCAAUUGUUGUCAAGGACACAGGAGAGAAAAUUAGCGAAAAAGUAUCCGACGGCGUAAAGGUUGUUGCAGAUGCUGGAAAAACUGUGAGCGACAAGGUAGCAGGUGGAGUUAAAGAAGCAGAUGCUAAAGCGAAAGCAGUUGCUCAGGACGUGGCUGAAGGUGCGAAAACAACGAAGGACAAGCUCGUUACUGGCGUAAAAGACGCCAAAGACACGCUCGCAUCUGCAGCAAAGGACACAAAGGACAAGAUCAGCGAUAAAGUGUCCGAGGGUGCGCAAAAGGUGUCAGACGCAGGUAAAACUGUUGGAGGAAAGAUCGCAGAUGGUGCGAAGAAAGUUGAGGGCAAAGUAGAAGCAACUGCUCACGAGGUAGCCGACGGUGCAAAAGCUACAAAGGAGAAAGUCGCCAAGGAGAUCAAAGAAGAUGCUACUACUGUAAAACAAACGGUAUCAUCAGGCAUAGACGCAGUGGUAGAUGGUGCAACAUCAGCAAAGGACAAGGCAGCGAAAGAAGCUAAAAAGGCAAAGGAAAAAACUGGUGGCUUCCUUUCGGGACUGUUCAAAGGUGCGAAACAUUCUGUCGAUGAGAUGUCAGAUGACAUCAAAGACUUCAUGGAAGAAACUAAGAAAGAAGCAUCUGAAGAGAAAGCUCGUCUCCAUGAUACGGUAGAAGGAAAGUUAAAGGACAUCGAUGCAGCGAAAGAUCAAGCAGCUGCGGACGUAAAGGACGCGAAAGAUAAGGUUGCAACCGCUGUGAAAGACACCAAGGAUACGAUCAGCGCCAAAGUGUCUGACGUGACGCAAAAAGUGUCAGAUGCUGGAAAAGCUGCGGGUGACAAGGUGGCUGACGAGGCGAAGCGUGCAGCAGAGAAAACAGACGCCAAGGUUCAAGAAUUAGCUGAAGGCGCAAAAGCAGGCAAGGACAAAGCAAUUGCUGGAGUGAAAGAUACGAAAGACAAAGUCGCUACAGCUGCAAAGGACGCGGCAGACGCAGUCGGUGAAAAAGUGUCAGCGGGUAAAGAGAAAGUAUUGGACGCUGGCAAAACGGUAGGAGAGAAAGUAACCGACGGUGUGAAGAAAGCUGAGGACAAAGCUGGAGCAAUUGCUCAAGACAUAGCUGGAGGCGCGAAGGCGACGAAGGACAAAGUGGCAAAGGAAGUCAAGGAAGACACUGAUGCUGUAAAACAGAAGAUUUCUUCGGGAAUAGAUAAAGCUGCUGAUGCUGCAGGCGCGGCGAAAGAUAAAGCAGCAAAGGAGGCUAAGAAAGCCAAGGAAAAGAGCAGCGGUUUCCUUUCUGGAUUCUUUAAGAGUGCCAAACAGGCAGCUGAUGAAGUUUCCGACGAGAUGAAAGGUUUCGUUGACGAUACGAAGAAAGAGGCUGCUGAAGAGGAAGCUCGUGCACAUGAAGCAAUGGCAGGAAAACUUAAAGACCUCGACGCAGCCAAAGACAAAGCAGCUGCUGAUAUGAAGGAUGCAAAGGAUAAGGUUGCAGGAGCUGUGGUAGACACCCAGGAUAAAGUCACCGAGAAAGUAUCUGAUACUAUGCAAAAGGUGUCAGAUGCUGGCAAAACAUUAGGUGGAAAAGUUUCAGAUGGUGUAAAAAUCGCUGAGGCGAAGGUAGAAGCUACAACGAAAGAUUUAGCCAGCGGUGUGGAAACAGCAAAGGACAAAGUAGCUGCUGAUGUUAAGACUGUUGCGGAUAAAGUUUCAUCUUCUGCGAAAGACACCAAAGACAAAGUCAGCGAGAAAGUGGCUGAUGGAGCGCAGAAGGUGGUAGACACUGGCAAAGCUGUUGGAGAAAAGGUUGCUGACGGAGCACACAAAGUAGCAGACACUGGCAAAGCUGUUGGAGAAAAGGUUGCUGACGGUAUGAAGAAAGUCGAGGAUAAAGCUGAUAAAGCUGCUCAGGACAUAUCUAGCGGCGCUAAGACAGUGAAAGACGCGGUAGCUAAAGAAAUCAAAGAAGAUAGCGAUGCUGUAAAGCAGAAGGUAUCGUCAGUGGUCGAUUCAGUCGCAGAUAGUGCUGCAGCUGCUAAAGACAAAGCUGCGAAGGAAGCUAAGAAAGCCAAGGAAAAAAGUGGAGGCUUCCUUUCUGGAUUGUUCAAGGGUGCAAAACACGCUGCUGAUGAAGUUACCGGUGAUGUGAAGGACUUCCUCGAGGAAACGAAGAAAGAAGCGUCGGAUGAGAAAGCUCGUUUACACGAUACAGUCGAAGGCAAGUUGAAAGAUAUCGACGCGGGUGUAAUGGACGCAAAAGAUAAAGUAACAACUGCUGCAAAGGACAGCAAAGAUAAAGUUGCAAGUGUUGUGGGAGACGCAAAGGAGAAAGUUGCUGGAAAAGUAACGGAAGGAGUGCAUAAAGUAUCCGAUGCUGGAAAAGCUGUUAGCGACAAAAUUGCCGACGAAGCGAAGCACGCAGAAGCUAAGACGAAAGCAGCAGUUCACGAAGCAGUUGAUGGUGCUAAGUCAACGAAGGACAAAGUAGUUUCAGAUCUGAAAGAUGUUAAGGAGAAAGUUGGAAUUGCUGCAAAGGACGCCAAGGAUCAAAUUAGCGACAAAGUGACCGAUGGUACUCAAAUGCUAUCAGACGCUGGUAAAUCCAUUGGAGGAAAAAUGGUAGAUGAAGUGAAGAAAGCAGAAGACAAAGUAAGCACUGCAGCACAGGACGUUGCCUCUGGUGCAAAGGCUGCAAAGGAUAAAGUUACCAAGGAAAUUAAAGAAGAUGCAGACGCUGUAAAGGAAAAGGUAUCAUCAGGUGUAGAGUCAGUGGUAGAUGGUGCUUCAGCAGCAAAGGAUGCAGCUGCGAAGGAAGCUAAGAAAGCCAAAGAAAAGAGUGGUGGCUUCCUUUCUGGGUUAUUCAAAGGCGCAAAACAUGCAGCAGAGGAGGUCACUGAAGACGUGAAAGAAUUUUUCGAUGAAACGAAGAAAGAGGCUGCUGAAGAAGAAGCCCGUGCUCGAGAAGCAGCAUCAGAGAAGUUAAAGGACAUCGAUACGACCAAGGACAAAGUAGUUGCUGAUACAAAAGAUGCAAAGGAUAAAGUAGCUACUGCGGUGAAAGACACCAAAGAUAAAGUCAGCGAGAAAGUGUCUCACGGUGUGCAGAAAGUGUCUGAUGCUGGCAAAACAGUCGGUGAGAAAGUCACAGAUGGAGCGAAAGAAAUUGGUACAGCUGUAGAUGUCACUGCGCAUAAAUUAGUCGAUGGAGCAACAACAACGAAGGAUAAAGCAGUAGCUGAGGCUAAGGACGCUAAAGACAAAGCUGCAGCUUCUGCGAAAGAUGUUAAAGACAAGAUUAGCGAGGUGAUAGUUGGAGGUGUGCAUAAGGUGUCAGACACUGGCAGAGCAAUUGGAGAGAAAGCUACAGACGGUGUUGAGAAAGCUAAACACAAAGUGGAAGUAGCUGCUCAUGAUAUAGCCGAAGGUACAAAGGCAGCAAAGGACAAAGUAGCCAAGGAGAUUCAGGAGGAUGCUGCAGCUGUGAAACAGAAGGUUUCAUCGGGAAUAGGAGCAGUUGUGGAUGGUGCGGCUUCGGCUAAGGAUAAAGCUGCAAAGGAAGCUAAGAAAGCUAAAGAAAAGACUGGUGGUUUUCUAUCAGGACUAUUCAAGGGCUCCAAACAUUCUACAGAUGAAGUUACAUAUGAUAUUAAGGACUUCCUCGACGACGCGAAACGAGUAGCCUCCGAGGACAAGGCUUAUGUACACCAAGCAAUGGAGGACAAGCUGCUUGAUGUUGACUUAAUGGCGGAUAAAGCAGUUGCAGACGUAAAGGAUGCAAAGGACAAGGUUGCAACAGCUGCAAAAGAUACUAAGGACAAGGUCAGCGAAGGAGUAUCUGAUGGUGUGCAAAAGGUACAGGAUGCGGGCAAGGCUGUUGGUGAGAAAGUUGUUGACGGUGUCAAGGUAGUAGAAGCAAAAACUGAAGCAGUAGUCCGAGACGUUGCUGAGGGUGCUAAAGCAGCGAAGGACACCAAAGACAAGAUCAGCGAGAAAGUAUCUGGUACUGCACAAGCAAUGUCAGAUGCUGGUAAAGCUGUGGGUGCCAAAGUUGCUGACGGUUUACAGAAAACAGAAGCAAAAGUAGAAACAGCUGCUCAAGGAAUAUCCGACGGCGCGAAAACAACAAAAGAUAAGUUAACGAAAGAGAUCAAACACGAUGCUGAGACUGUAAAGGAGACAGUUUCUUCUGGCAUGCAAGCUGUUGCAGACGGUGCAACUGCAACGAAGGACAAAGUUGUGAAAGAAACGAAAAAAGCUAAGGAAAAGAGUGGCGGUUUCUUCUCAGGCUUGAUCAAAGGUGUGAUGCAUACAGCAGACGAAGUUUCAGACGAUGUUAAAGAAUUCUACGACGAGACGAAGAAAGAAGCUGCCGAGGAGGAAGCUCGUGCUCGUAAAACCGUUGCUAGUAAAAUGAAAGAAGUCGACGCGGCAAAGGAUAAAGCUGUCGCCGAUGUAGAAGCUGUUAAAGACAAAGCUGCAGCUGGUGCGAAAGAUGCCAAGGACAAAGUCAGCGAGAAAGUAACCGGCGCUGUGCGCAAGGUGUCAUUUGCUGCUGAAACUGUCGGCGAGAAAGUUGCCGACGGAGUAAAGGGAGUAGCAACGAAAACUGAAGCAACAGCUCGAGACGUUGCCGAGGGUGCUAAAUCAGCGAAGGACAAGGUAGCUGCAGACGUGAAAGAUGCUAAAGAAAAAGUCACGGUAGCUGCGAAAGAUACAAAAGAUAAGAUCAGCGAAAAGGUGUCUGGUACUGCGCAAGCAGUAUCAGACGCAGGUAAAACUGUCGGUGCCAAAGUUGCUGAUAGCCUACAAAAAACAGAAUCAAAAGCAGAAACAGCUGCUCAAGGAAUAUCCGACGGUGCGAAAGCAGCGAAAGAUAAAUUAGCCAAGGAGAUCAAAGAAGAUACCGUUGCUGUGAAACAGAAAGUUUCGUCCGGCGUGGAUACAGUUGUUGACGGCGCAAAGGCAGUCAAAGACAAAGCCGCGAAAGAAGGUAAAAAGGCCAAGGAGAAAGGCGGUGGCUUUUUCUCCGGUUUGAUCAAAAGCGCGAAGCACGCGGCGGACGAUUUCUCUGGGGAGGUUAAAGAAUUCGUCGACGAAACGAAAAAAGAGGCCGCGGAGGAGGAAACUCGUGCUCGCGAAGCUGUGGCUGGAAAACUGAAAGACGUCGACGCGGCUGCGGACAGAGCUGCUGCUGACGUGAAGAUGACUAAAGAUAAAAUCACAACAGGUGCAAAAGACGUCAAAGACGCAGUUAGCGCGAAGGUGACAGACAGUGCGAAGCACACUGUACAAUUCGUAGAAAGUACUAGUCAAGACGUGGCCAAAGCUACGAAAGCGGCAGAGAAGAAAGCUGCUACAGCUGUGUCGGGUGUUAAAGGCGAGAUAUCUGGUGCCGUGAAAGAAGGCAGUGAAAAAGUAGCGACAAGUGCGCAGAAAAUUUCAGACUCAAGAAAAGCUGUCGGAGAGAAAUUAUCAAGUCACGUAGAUCAGAGGUUUGUCGUAGACACUAGCGACCCUAAUAGCAGCGUAGCUGAAUUUUUAGAAGAAAUGAAACGCCAUGCUGCCUUCGACACGUCUCACUCUCAAGACAGACCAGACGUUCAUUUGUACGAAAAUGUUUUCUUUAAAGAAAGAACGCCGGAAACGAAGGGAACACCGAGCCCGAAAAGUGGGAAAGAUCUGAGAUCGUCUACGACAGAAGUAUAUGAUCCGCUUUCUGGUGUAGAUCCCGAUGCACAAUAUAGACUGUCCGAUGUAAACGUUAGAGACGACGAUGGCGAUCGUGGUAGCGAAUCGACGUCGAAGAAAGUAUCUCGCAUUCCACAAAAAGUUAGUUCCUCUAAAGACGCAAGAGUUAGCCCUAGUAGUUCAUCAGAUAGUACAGUUAGGGUAGUAAACGUAUUUAGCGAUGUAGAGCACCUCGAACCUCACACACGGCAGACCGUCACCACAGUCGUAAGAAAGUCUGUGCGGACGGCAGCAACCCCGCCACCCAGUCCCGCCGAGUACACUGACAGUAGAAUCGAAGAUGUUACCGAAGAGGCAGCAAGACGAGCGCAGAAUCUAGCCGAUCAAGCGUAUUCGAUGUCGAAACCAGGGCAUGAUUCGGCUGAGAUUGAUGGGACUGUAGAGAGGCAUGCUACUUCUGCUCCAACAAAGCAACCUGUUCCCGCCCCGCGACACUCUACCAGGUCGUCCAUCAAAACAGACUUUCAUCUAGACUUGGGAGAUACCUCGUGCACGCCGUACAGUCCUAAACACAAAACGAAAGAACAAUCGAAGCUGUUUCACGAUGAGUAUUCGCCGGAAAAGAGCUGUUCGAAGAGCAAAAUACCGGUGAAGGUGAAGAAAUCUAUGGAGAACGAAAAGAUGAUGAUGAGCAAAAUAUCGACGAACGUCGAAUCCGAUAUACACAUACUAACGAAGUCGGAUAACGACCAGACAAAAGUAACGACAGAUUCGUUUACCACACACACGAGUGCGAAAUACACGGACAAAAUGCUGGAGGAGUUAUCGGAAAAAUCGUGUCGCAAGAAAGAAGAAGCAGCGGACGAGGUUAAAGAGAAAAGCGACACGAUGAAGUCUGAAGAUGUGUCCAGUGAGAUACGCACGAUGACAACUGUAAUAGACACACCUGCCGGUUCGCUCGAUUCCGACGUGCUCGACAGGCUUGGUAGAAUGAACGAGAUCGUAGAGAGAGUAGAGACUGUAACGAUAACGACGAAAGAGGAUAGCGGAGAGGAUCUAGCUAGAUCGGCGGAUACGUUCGUCACGAAAGUGGAGAACUUCACGGAAAGUUUGCCGAUGGGUACCGACGAUGGGACCCGUAUGACGAUAUCGAAGAUACAGAGAAACGUGACGGACGAGGUGAUAGGUAGAGAGACGAUGACGAUGAAAACUGUGACGACUGUACGGUGCAUGACGACGGAAUCGUUCGACACGGAUCAAACAGAGCGUAUCGUGCGAACGGUGAUGAGCAGCGGUGACUACGGUGACAUACCGAUACCGUUUGUAAAACAGCUGCAAGAUGUCGAACAGCAGCUAAAGAUAACAAAGAGCACUAGCGAGGUAUCUGAGCCGUGGGCGCAUGGCAGUUUGUCAGACCGUUUGUUCCUUAACGAUGAUAAAGCUGAGCAAUGGGAAAGCCAGCUCUCCCAAGACACGUCGCCGGGUUCCGGUAACGGUGACAUUUAUGCUAAGAACGGUAGCUCACGGCAUGAUUUGAACAGCGACACAGAUACCGACGGUUCACCACAACCGAGGAGAAGAUCUCCAAGCAAGAGGCGUACGUUGGGCAGUUCCAGCGGGUCUGAUGUAGCACUGCACGAAGGUGCGGAGCUGUCCCCGUUGGAGGACGACCAAGAAUCUGACUUUUUGCAACAUAGCGAGCCAUCCUACAUGGAAACGACAACGACGGAAGUGGACCCUGAAACUCAGGAAAGAAUAACGAGAACUGAGCAAGUGAUUACAACGACCAGCGGCACCGGCAGUGGGCCAGACGAAUUGCGAGAAUCUAUGCAGAAGAUUGUUGAUCGAUUCAUGUUGGAAGAAAGGCGAGAACAGUGAAGCAUUAAAAGGUUUCAUGGGCGAUUUUAAUAACGGAAAAAGAAAGGAAUUCUUCGUCAUCCGAUAACCGUGCAUACUAACAGGAAGAAACGAAAAGGAAAAACAUUUCAAUACAAAUUCUCUUAACACUGGAAGCACACGUCUACAGUUUGACGCAUCCUCGAGCGUCAAACAACAAAGACCGUUCUCUACAGAAUCAAAAUCAAAGAAAACCAAAAAAAAAAAAAAAAAAAGAAAAAAAAACGAAUAGAUAUCCUCUCAUGGAAGAGUAUCUCGUCGUAUAGAUCUCGUCUAAAUCUAUAUAUGAAACGCGGAGUGGUAAUUCUUAUUCUCGUGGUGCUUCGUGGAAAAGAAAAAAAAAAGUCACAGGAAAAAGAUAUGCACGACAAUUUACUAUCACACUCAUGGCCUACGCUUCGGAUUUGCUUGCCUUUCGGUUGCAUUAAGUUGCCUUAUAUAUUUACGUUUAAUCUUGCGAUUAAAUAAACGUAUGUCGACGCUAGUCCGACUAGCUGAAUUUCGCUAGUCUUCACUAAGCCAACCCGUCCAUGUACAACGCCUUUCUCGCGUUGUUCAGC